GCCUCCAGAUUACGCAACGAGUCGCCUCCCCGCAUACAUGAAGAAGCUACUCACCCCGACCAUCUCCCUCAGCUCAUCCAGUACAGCGCAGCGCUCAUAUGGCCGCAGCAACGCCCGCCAUCCUUCCAGUGAUUCCCCUUCUCAAAGAAUCCAUCCUCUUCCCCUCCCUGGUUCUACGCCUCGUUGUCGAUCGUAAAGACACAGCAGCGCAUCUCUCCUCCCUCGUCUACGCAACAGACCCGUCUCCACUCAUCGCUUGUAUCCCACAACGCCUCGAUUCCACAAGGACUGCAGAUCCAAUCACUGCCUCCAUUUCUGAAAUCAAAGCGAAUCUCGCGACGUAUGGCUGUCUCGGUCGUCUUAUCCGAAUGGAACGAACGAACGGAACGGUGAUUGCCGUGAUUGAAGGUCGUUCUCGCAUUCGAAUGGAUGCAUGUCAUGUUGCGAAAGAUGGGUCAGGGAUGUUGGAAGCGCAGGUGACGUAUUUCAAGGAUGGUCCACUUGCAACGACGGAUAUGGAUGCACAGACACGAUUGGCGUCACUCAAGGGAGCCUCGACUGAACUCAUCACAACACUCAAAGGUUUGAAAUUACCGGCUGUGUUGUUGAGACGGUUGGAGAAUUUCAUUGGUAAGGCGAAUGGUGAUAAUGCCGGUCAAUUAUGCGAUUUGAUGUCUUCUGUCGUGGAAGGAUCUUAUGAGGAGAAAAUCGCAAUUCUACAAGCAACAGAUGUCUCUGAGCGUGUUGGGAAAGUGCAUGAACUCGUUUCACGGCAAUUGAAUACCAUCAAGGUGACGCGCAAGAUUAGCAGUACGGUGGAUCAGACCCUCAACAAGCAACAAAAGGAGUAUAUCCUUCGACAAAAACUCAGCGCUAUCAAGAAGGAAUUAUCACAAGCAACGGGUGAUGAUGGUGGUGAAGAGGAAGAUGAUGCAAGUGAGUUGCAGAAACGCAUCGAUGCCGCUGAAUUAUCGACUGAAGCACGAACAGUCGCCACAAAGGAAUUGAAACGAUUGAAGCGCAUGCAGCCACAACAGGCAGAGUAUCAGGUCAUUCGGACGUAUUUGGAUCAUAUCCUGGAAGUUCCCUGGCUGAAACAGUCGCAGAGCCAAGCGCUUGAACGGACCUCCAUUGAAGCUGCACGACGACAACUGGAUGACGAUCACUUUGGCUUGGAGAAAGUCAAGAAGCGGUUGAUUGAGUAUUUGGCAAUCUUGCGGUUACGACAGAUGCUUGAGGCUGAAAAGACGCCUGAAUUCAAGUUGUGAUUGUAUAGGGAGUUUAGUUGAAAUAUCAUUACAAUGCCAUGCCUCGCU